AAUGCCGACGUGGAAUCAAAUUCAGGCACAGCUUCGAAAUCCGAACAAUCCAGUGGUGUUUUUCGAUGUUUCUGUGGGAAAUACCGAAAUUGGUCGAAUGAUAUUCGAGCUUUUUGAGGAUGUCUGUCCAAAAACUUCGGAGAACUUCAGACAAUUUUGCACUGGAGAGUACCGAAAGGAUGGAGUUCCACUGGGUUUCAAGGGGGCAAUUUUUCACCGAGUUAUCAAGGACUUUAUGAUUCAAGGUGGUGACUUUGUUAAUGGAGAUGGUACUGGAGUGCUCAGUAUAUACGGUGGAAAUACAUUUCCUGACGAAAACUUUACCCUAAAACACGAUUCACCAGGACUGCUGUCCAUGGCCAACAGUGGAAAAGACACCAACGGAUGCCAAUUCUUCAUAACUUGUGCCAAAUGCAAUUUUCUAGAUGGCAAGCAUGUUGUGUUUGGACGUGUUAUUGACGGACUAUUGGUCAUGAGAAAGGUAGAAAAUGUGCCCACGGGACCCAAUAAUAAACCCAAAAUACCAGUCACCAUCUCACAAUGUGGACAGAUGUAAAUACAAUUUAAUGUACAAUAAGAAACCUCAAUAAAUUGUCUUUUAUACUUGUAA